UCCACUCCUAGUUUGCAGCCCGGAGACUUUGUGUUUGGGGAGUGGGUAAGGUACUGACUGACCAUGGAGGGCGUACAUUGCCAUGACUCGGGGGUGGCGGACCUGGACGAGGACUCGGUUAGGUGCCAGUGUCCCGGGGCCGCGGGAUUCCGGGAGCCUCCACCGCCUGGCCAGCCGCCUCGCUGCCACCAGCCAGGGUGUCCGGCUCCGCUCCUGCCCCGUCCGCCCAAGACGUCGCCCACCACCUUCUGCCCGGACGCCGGUGCCCUGGCCGCAGGGCAGCCCUCCUCUUCCAGGCACGGCAGUCUGCUCCAGCUGGGCGAGGACCACCCUGCCGGGGUCAAGCACCGGCAGCCCAGUCCGCUGGUCCCCAGGAGGGAUAGCAACCCCUUCACUGAGAUCGCUAUGAGUAGCUGCAAGUACAACGGCGGCGUGGUGAAACCCCUCACCAGCCUCAGCACCUCCAAGCGCAACCUGGUGGACUCGGAGGCCGAGCCGCAACCCUUGCAGGUCUUCGCCUGCAACCACGUCCUGGGCUCCUGCACGGAGGACCAGCAGCAACAGCAGCAACAGUUCCUGCAGGGGCAGCCCGGCCAGUCGCGGCAGCCGACCGGCGGCGACGGCGGCAGCCGAAAGAGCACCAAGAAAAAGAACCAUAACAUCGGCUACAAACUCGGGCACCGACGGGCUCUGUUCGAGAAGAGGAAACGGCUGAGCGACUACGCGCUCAUCUUCGGCAUGUUUGGCAUUGUUGUCAUGGUGAUCGAGACCGAGCUGUCUUGGGGCAUCUACAGCAAGAGUUCCAUGUAUUCGCUCUCACUAAAAUGCCUUAUCAGUUUCUCCACGUUCAUCCUGCUUGGACUCGUCAUUGCCUACCAUGCCAGGGAGGUCCAGCUCUUCAUGAUAGACAAUGGAGCUGACGACUGGAGGAUCGCCAUGACGUACGAGCGGAUUUUCCUCAUCAGCCUGGAGAUGGUGGUGUGUGCCAUCCAUCCGGUGCCCGGCCGCUACAUGUUCCAUUGGAAGGCGCGCCUGGCCUUCAGCUAUACCAUGUCAGAGACCUGGGCCGACGUGGACAUCAUCCUCUCCAUCCCCAUGUUCCUCCGCCUCUACCUCAUUGCCCGGGUUAUGCUCCUGCACAGCAAGCUCUUCACGGACGCCUCCUCACGCAGCAUCGGCGCCCUCAACAAGAUCAACUUCAACACCCGCUUCGUCAUGAAGACCCUCAUGACCAUCUGCCCCGGCACCGUGCUGCUGGUGUUCAGCAUCUCGCUGUGGAUCAUUGCGGCCUGGACCGUGCGUGUCUGCGAGAGGUACCACGACAAUCAGGAUGUCACCAGUAACUUCCUGGGUGCAAUGUGGCUUAUUUCCAUUACCUUCCUGUCCAUUGGAUACGGCGAUAUGGUACCCAACACCUACUGUGGGAAGGGCGUGUGCCUGCUGACAGGGAUCAUGGGUGCAGGAUGCACUGCUCUGGUGGUAGCUGUCGUUGCUAGGAAACUAGAACUAACCAAAGCCGAGAAGCACGUCCAUAACUUCAUGAUGGAUACACAGCUCACUAAGCGGAUCAAAAACGCUGCUGCCAAUGUUCUGCGGGAGACCUGGCUGAUCUACAAGCACACCAAGCUGCUCAAGAAGAUCGACCAUGCCAAAGUAAGGAAGCACCAAAGGAAGUUCCUGCAGGCAAUCCACCAGCUUCGCAAUGUGAAGAUGGAACAGAGGAAGCUCAGUGACCAGGCAAACACUCUUGUUGAUCUUUCCAAGAUGCAGACCAUCAUGUAUGACCUGAUCACGGAGCUGAACGACCGCGGUGAGGACCUGGAGAAGCAGAUCCUGAGCCUGGAGACCAAGCUAGAGGGACUGACCAGCAGCUUGCAUGCCCUGCCCGGCCUGAUCGCCGAGUCCCUGCGGCAGCAGCAGCAUCAGCAGCUCUUGGGCGCCAUCGCCGAGGCGGGUGGUGACCCCGCUGACUCCCAGCGCUCCGACAGCCAGCUGGGCCUCAGCUCGGCCUCCUUCCCCACUGGUUCCAGCAGCUGCUAGGGAGCCGGGGAAGGGGGAGGGAGUUGGAGCUGGACAGAUAUGACUAGACACCUCCCUCACCCCCACCAACUAUGCUUCCUCCCCAUGCCUCUCCCUCCUAACCUGCCCACUACAGAGGCUGACAGGUGCCAGUGGGGCUUGGCUUCGCCGCAGACUGCAUUCUUGCUACGGGGCACCCCCCCCCAACCCUCCUCAUUCUCGCAUUCCCCAACCCAACACCCUCAAUGCAAGAGAAGGGGCUCCAGAACUGGCUGAUUGGGUGGUGGUGGUAGGGGGGGGGGUAAAAUAACAGACAGAAGCAGCCAAAGAAGGGACCAGAGGAUCUGGAGCUGAUUCUGACAAGAAUUUACAAGGGGACAUGGGGUGGGGGUCUGUUCCGCCCUGUGCCCCAAACGGUAUUAUUUUUUAAUGGAAGAAAUAUAGUAACCAAAAAAUUAACAAAUAGCUCAAGCACAAUGGGACUGGCAGGCACCCAAGGCAGGGGAUAGUACUGGUGGUGGUGGUGAUGGGCAGUGUCUCCCUCUUGUCUAGACUAGAUGAGAGAGAGAGAAGAGACCCUAGGUUCAGUCUUGCCUGACGCUGGGAUGCAUUUCCCGUUCUGGAGGGGAUCAAGGGACAUGUGGUCUUGAGGACAUCCUCUGCUGCCCGAGGAUGGUGUUUGCCUAGAGUCCUGGGGAGACGAGGCCUGCUCCAGACAACAGGAGGAAGUGCCCAUCGUUUCUCCCGAAUCAAAGGGGUCCCCGAAGAGUAAGUCGCUGAAUGGGAUGUGAGGGAAACGCUUAGCUUCUUAAUUGUUUCAAACAGACAUUAUUACGGUGGUGGAACAUUAAUGUGUCAGGACCCUGUUUUGGCGAUGGGAUGUGAUUUAGGUGGGUGGUGGAGAGGUCAUGAGUUGAUAGUGGAAGAGAGGCCAGUACCAGGACACAAAGAGGUUGGGGUGAUUGUGGUGGGGGUGGGGGCGGGGGCGGGGGAGCGCAGCACUCCUUCUCUUUCUUUAUAAAAGCCAAGAAGUGCACAAUUCAAAUGCUGUGGACUGGGGAAAAAAAAAUCUGCAUCUUCCCUUCGCAAUGCCACGUUUUUUUAUUAAUCAAAAUGAAAACAGAUGAGAUGAGGGAUUAAAGCCGUGGAAGAAUGCCAGGAAGCCGGAGGGGACUGAAGACAUUUAGCAGUACCUGUACCUGUAAUAUUGGCGAUGGGUUUACACCAUACGUUAUACCUGUCCAGGUUUGACAAGAAGGAAAAUUUGCCUAUGGCAAUGGGUGUCAGAGUGGGUGCGUUUUAAGUGAGUUGGAUCCUCCGACGGCUCGAUGGGGAACCUGAAGCUGGGUGGUUCAGAGAUUAUCCCUCCUCAGCGUCCGGUGAGGAAAGUUUAAAAGCUGCCUCUUGGGAUUUUGUUCCAAUAGCAGCAACAGAAAAUAAUGUCAGCUCUGUGGGAUAAUAGGUGGCAAAGCUGAUUCUGCCUAUCCAUACCACUAUCCCUGUCUAAUUUCACCACAAGUGAGAAAAGGGCAUCAUUGAUACAGGGAAGGUGAACAUGGAUAGAGAUGUGGAAGCUAACAGCAGUGACAAACCACAAGUUAUGGCAUGGAGGAAAUCAGGUAAUGGUCAAUAGAGGAUUAUAUAAUGAUAACUUGUUUAGAAUUGCACGGCUUACAAGCUAGAAUUACCCUAAUAUUAACUGCCUGGAUAACUGUUUGCAAUAUCCAAAUACCCUAUCCUUGGUCAGACUCUUAGAGAUUUUUUUAUUUUUUUAUCUGUAUGGCAAACUUAAAAGUAUUUUAAAAAGUGGUUCAGCCAAGGGUCGGGAUUUGAUUCAUCCCUUCAAGUAAGAUUGAUUAAAAUCAAAUUGGAAGUACAAAUCUUUGGUCAUCUGGAGAUGAUUUGAUUUGAACUGCUUUCUGUGGAUUAUUCGAUGUGCGUCUGUAUAAGUUGCUUCCUGUUUUCUGACUGUUAUCUAUAUAGAGAUGGUAGUCAGGGCAAAUUCAAGAUUCAAAUUUCUCCUGCGAUCUUUCUGAUCUACUUGUUGCAGCAUCACAAUGGGUUACAAAUCUGCACAAUGGGAGGUAGUGGAGAAAUGUACAUUUCGAAUGACUACUGAGUCAGCACAAAGGGAGUCAUGUGAUGUACACUGCAAUGGCUACCAGUCUGGGAAGUUUGUGAGUCACACAAUGCACACUGCAAUGGCUACCAGUCUGGGAUGUUGUAAGUCACACAAUGUGCACUGCAAAUGGCUACCUGUCUGGGAUAAUGGGAGAUCAACUACUGUAUAAUAUAAAUAUACAGUUAUAGGGGGAAUAAACUUUUGUACAAUGCAAAUAGUUCCCAAUCUGGAAUGACUACACCACCUGGAACAAUGUGAUCAGUUAUACUUCACUACAAAUGGUUAUCAAUUUGAGAAUUUUGUGUCAACUGAUGUACACAACAAAUGGCGACCUGUUUGAGACAGCCGGGCAUACAAAAGCGUGGGAAAGUGGAUGCACGAAUGUGUCUCGGCUGAAAGUUAACUUGUUUCCCACUCCCUCUAACUGACCUGUCCCACUGCUAACCAAGCAGUGCACAUAUAGACAUAGCUGAAUUAUGUUAUAACAUUUGCAAACAUCUAAUCUGUUGCUUGUUUCUCAGUCAAUCAAUUUCCAUUAUCAUUUGGUUGGUGGCUUUGUUUUGGUUAUAUGUGCAGUGUCACUGUAUCCGGAAUCUGACACCAUCUAAACAAUGGUCUAAACCUGUUCACUGUGCAAAGUGCCUUGGACUUCAAGCUAAGGGGUCAUCAAAUUUGAAGGAUAUUUAUUAAACGGCUUCAG